AUGGUUGCGAAGCUGCAGGCUCUGCAGCCGUCUAGACCUCCUGAGCUGUGCGGUAACGUUGUUGGACGUUGCGUUAUGCUGAGGGACGUCACGGUUAAUAUGAUCGUUGUUGCCUGCAGGAGUAUCUCGUUUGGGGGCGUCUUUCGUGGAGUUGUCGUGGUCAGUGGUGUCAUUGUUGGUGGCAGGUCUUCUCAUACUCAUGGGGAGGAGAAAUUCUUCCUGCAUUAUAUUCAGUGCCCAACCAGCCUCCCCACCAUCCCAUCAACUGGCUCCAGCUGUCCAACUGACUUCCCCACCCUCACCACCCCCCGGCUCUGGCUGCCCAACCGGCCUCCCCACUGUUCCACUCUCAGCUGUCCAACAGGCCUCCCUACCAUCCCACCCCCGGCUCCAGCUGCCCAACCAGCCUCCCCACUGUUUCACUCUCAGCUGUCCAACAGGGCUCCCCACCAUCUCAUCUACGGCUCCGGCUACCCAACUGGACUAACCAAACGUCCGACCCCUGCCCUCCCCACCAUCCCACCCCUAGCUCCGCUCCGGCUGACCAAGCAGCCUCCCCACCAUCACCAACUCCUCUGGGUGCCCAACCAGCUUCCCCACCAUUCCAUCCCUGACUUCGGAUGCUCAACCAGCAGCCUCGCCGUUCCAACCCCAGCUGCCCAACCGCCCUCCCCACUGUUCCACCCCCAGCUCUGGCUGCCCAACCGGCCUUUCCACUGUCCCAACCCCACCUCCAACUGCCCAACCACCUUUCACACCGUUCCACCCACAGCUCCAGCUGCCCAACCAGCUUUCCCACCGUCCUACCCCUGGCUCCAGCUGCCCAACUGGCCUCCCCACUGUCCCACCCCCUGCUCUGGCUGUCCAAUAGGCCUCCCCACCAUUCCAUCUCCGGCUGCUCAACCUGCCUCCCCACUGGCCCACCCCAACCUCCAGCUGCCCAAAUGGCCUCCCUACUGGCACAUCGCCGGCUCCGACUGCCCAUGUGGCGUCCCCACCAUUCCACACCCAGCUCAUUCUGCACAAGCAGCCUAA